AGGAAGGGUAUGAGGGCAUCUGCAUCGGGCGUCCCUUGGGCCGUCCCUUCUUCUUUAUUGGAUCGAAAAUAAUUCAAAAUGAAAUUAAAAUGGGUGGGACGGGCCGUAAGUAAGGGACAAUCGGGCUCGUCCCGAAGGAGACGUGGCAACACGGUAUUGGGCGAUGGAAACGACGAAGGGACGGUCGUAUCGGUUCAUUCGCAUUCCGGAAAUUGAAAUCGCAAAAUCCAAAAAGGAGAGCUCGAUGGCGACGAAGUGAAGCAUCGAAUCGAAGAUCGAUCCUUUCCAAACGAAAGCGAGGACCUGAUCUCCUCACUCCACCUGCGUCUUCUCUCUUCCACUGGAGUCUCCGUCGGCGCAAUCGAGAGGUCGCAGCUUCCAAUCGAGAGGUCGCAGCUUCGAAAUCUCAAUCCACUUCCGUUCGAUUCCGGUCCUGUACGCAAGCUUCUUUCCUCUCCAAAUCCUCGGUGAAUCGUCCCAAUCUUGUCAAGGUAUACUAGAAAAUGGGGCGCUACAGCUAUAGCCAACCAUCACAGUCGGAGGAUAUGUUUGGAAACAAUUCAGACAGUGAAUACUCCGAGACGGAGGAUCUAAUCCGACGUGAUCAAGCUGAGCUAAGCUUAGGACGUCGUUCAUCUGUCAUAUACCCUCCACAACCGGAGGUGGAGUUCGGGUUCUCGCAGGUUUGCUACUGUGGUUCUCCGCCACAACUUGUAGCGUCUAGAAGUAUUAAUGGUGAAGGUCGCUUAGUAUACACUUGCGCGAAUAAAGACGACAGUGAGUGCCAUGUAUGGAAAUGGUGGGACGUGGCGGUGAUGGAGGAGAUGAGAGCCAGAGAUAGACGUGUCCUCCAGCUGGAGGAAAAGGUAGAUAACCUGUCCCUUUUGAGUGACUAUGAUAAGUUAUCUUCCGUGUGUGAUAAUGCUAAGGAGAGAUCCGUUUGUAGUGAUGGGUUUAAGUAUGUGGUGGGUGCUAUGGUCGUUGUACUAAUUUUAACAGGCUUGGGGAUUAUGUAUGUGUAAUGGUUUAGGCAGGGAUGGUUGUAGCGUUGGUUUAGGCAAUGCGUGUUGUUGUUUUUUCUUAAGCCCUCUGAUGUAAUCAUUUUCAGACAUUGUAAACUUGUGUACCACCUUUGGACCGUCAAACAUGAUCAUUGUACUUGUACUCGGAUGUAUGUUUUAUAUCUACAUGUAUGUUUUCUAUUUUCCCAUAUUUCUGUAAAGUAUGUUUUUUAUCUCCCUAAAAAUCACAUGUAUCUUUUCUAUCUACCUAAAAAUCACAUGUAUGUUUACUAUCUACCUAAAAAUCAUACCUAAAAAUCACAUGUAUGUUUACUAUCUACCUAAAAAUCAUACCUAAAAAUCACAUGUGAGGAUCCUAACUACCAAGACCUAUAAAUAAAAGACUUAUUUUGAUUAGAAAAAUGCAAAGCCUUCUCUUCUCUUUAAUUUCCAUAGCAUUUACUCUCUUGGAAAAAAUUAUCAAUGGCUUCCUCCUCUCAUUUUCAUUACCACCAAGACGAUCACCAACCUAAUAAUGAAGAUAUAUUCGAAGACUUAUUUGAAGACAUUGACGAUUUUCUAAAAGAAAAUGAGAGUGUACCACGUAAUUUUAUCGACAGACAUCGGGAGGAAGGUCAAGAUAUGCUAUGGAAUGAUUAUUUUAGCGAUACUCCAACCUACCCGCACAAUGUCUUCCGGCGACGGUUUCGAAUGAACCGGACAUUAUUCAUGCGUAUUGUGCAGCGUCUCUCCACAGAAGUACGGUAUUUUCAAGAAAGAGUUGAUGCAACCGGGCGGUCUAGUCUUACUGCACUCCAAAAAUGUACUGCAGCAAUUCGUCAAUUGGCUUAUGGUGUUAGAGCUGAUGCAGUGGACGAAUAUAUCCGAAUGGGUGAAACAACUGCUCGAGGAUGUUUGCACAAUUUUGCCGCCGGAAUAAUCCGCUUGUUUGGCAAUGAAUACCUAAGACGUCCCACACCGGAAGAUCUGCAGAGACUACUAUAUUUUGGGGAGCAACGUGGGUUCCCAGGGAUGAUUGGAAGCAUCGACUGUAUGCAUUGGGAGUGGAAGAAUUGCCCCACUGCUUGGAAAGGAAUGUAUUCACGAGGAACCGGAAAACCAACGAUUGUCUUAGAGGCGGUGGCAUCAUAUGACCUCUGGAUAUGGCACUCCUUUGUUGGAGCUCCAGGUACUAUGAACGAUCUUAAUAUUCUCGAUCGAUCACCCGUUUUUGAUGACGUAAUUACCGGAAUAGCACCACAAGUUAACUUCUAUGUUAACAAUGAUCUGUACAAUUUGGCUUAUUAUCUCACGGAUGGUAUUUAUCCGAAAUGGGCUACAUUUAUUCAAUCUAUCCGACUACCACAAACUCAGAAGCAUUCUGUAUUUGCUCAAACCCAAGAAGGUGUGCGAAAAGAUGUCGAGCGUGCCUUCGGAGUCCUACAAGCUCGGUUUGCCAUUGUUAGAAAUCCAUCUAACAUAUGGGAUAAACGAAAAAUAGGUAAUAUUAUGCGAGCUUGUGUCAUACUUCAUAAUAUGAUUGUCGAGGAUGAACGAUCGUCAAGAACUCAGUACAACAUUGCUGAAUUUCGAGAAAGAGAAGAGGCGGAUACCUUUACCGUCAAUAAUCCGUCACCUCUCGGCACUACACUUGAACGUCGGACGAACCUUCGGAAUCUAGAAACCCAUCAACGUUUAAAAAAUGAUUUGAUUGAAAAUACAUGGAAUAAAUUUGGACAUCUACCAAAUAACAUAUAGUUUCUAAGUUUCUAUUUGUAUUGGAAUAAAUGUUUGUUUGUUUUUUUAAAUUAUGAUAUUGUAAUUUUCUUAAUAUUUCAAUUUUAAUGUUAAACUUCUAUCAUAUAAGUUUUAUUUAAAACUUUUUUAGAUAUGUUAU